CUCAUCAUCCAUCUCUUUUGGUAAUCAUCUUAUCAAAUAGAAUAGACAUACGACAACAUUAGAAAUAACUAUUCUUCAUUAGACUUCAUCAUGAAGCUCCUCGCAUCAACCGUCCUUGUGGGCGCUGCUGCUGCAUCUAUUGCACCUCAACAACAAGUUCUAAAGAAUCCAUUUCAAUCAGCCUCAAAGCCAAUCUCGGAAGCAUGGUCCAAAUCAAUGGAAUCCUUGAAUCACCUCACCGAUUCCAUGAAAGACAUGACCUCGGAAGCCAAAGCUGUUUGGGAUGAAGUGUCAAUGCUUUUCCCAGAGGCGAUGGAUAGAGCUACCUUCUUCCAACAACCAAAACCCCAUACAAGAAAACCUGAUACUGCUUGGGAUUAUGUUGUCAAAGGCGCAGAUAUCCAAAGUGUCUGGGUUGAGAACUCCAAGGGAGAGAAGGAACGUGAGAUUGAUGGAAAGCUUGAGAAGUAUAAUAUGAGAGCUAAGAAGGUUGAUCCUACGAAGCUUGGUGUUGAUAAGGUCAAGCAAUACAGUGGUUAUUUGGAUGAUGAGGAGAAUGAUAAACAUUUGUUUUAUUGUGAGUAUUUCCGUUCCUUUGAUGAUACCUAGCACACUUUCUUUGCGUUGUGUCACCUCUUCUUCCGACCGAUCUACCUAUGCCAAACACAUGUGCUAAUAGAUAUCAGGGUUCUUUGAAUCUAGAAAUGAUCCUAAGAACGAUCCAGUUGUUCUCUGGUUGAACGGAGGACCAGGAUGUUCUUCUUUGACCGGUCUCUUCCUCGAACUUGGUCCUGCCUCAAUCGACAAGAAUGGCAAAUUACACAACAACCCAUACUCAUGGAACGCAAAUGCUUCCGUUAUCUUCCUUGAUCAACCAGUCAAUGUUGGAUACUCAUACAGUGGUGGAUCUGUUAGCAACACAAUUGCUGCAGGCAAGGAUGUUUAUGCUCUUCUCACCUUGUUCUUCAAACAAUUCCCUGAAUAUGCCAAGCAAGACUUCCACAUUGCUGGUGAAUCUUAUGCUGGUCAUUACAUUCCAGUUUUCACACAUGAGAUCUUAUCUCACAAGAAGCGUAACAUCAACCUCAAGUCCGUUCUCAUCGGUAACGGCUUGACUGAUGGACUUACACAAUAUGAACACUACAGACCAAUGGCUUGUGGUGAGGGUGGAUACCCAGCUGUUCUCGAUUCUAGUGAAUGUAAAGCUAUGGAUAACGCUCUUCCUCGUUGCCAAAGUUUGAUUCAAAGCUGUUAUGAUAGCGAAAGCGUUUGGUCGUGUGUUCCUGCAAGCAUUUACUGCAACAAUGCUAUGAUGGGACCUUAUCAAAGAACUGGACAGGUAUGUUACUUGAUUUAAACUUAUGAUACAAUAUGCUAAUUUCAUUUAGAACGUUUAUGAUAUCCGUGGCAAAUGUGAAGAUAGCAGCAACUUGUGCUACUCUGCUCUUGGCUGGAUUAGCGAUUACUUGAACCAAGCCGCCGUUCAAGAGGAGCUUGGUGUUGAAGUCAGCAGUUACGACAGCUGCAACUUUGAUAUCAACAGAAACUUCCUUUUCCAAGGUGAUUGGAUGCAACCUUUCCACCGAUUGGUCCCAGAUAUUAUCGAGCAAAUUCCAGUCUUGAUCUAUGCUGGUGAUGCUGACUUCAUUUGCAACUGGCUCGGAAACCAAGCAUGGACUGAAGCUCUUGAAUGGCCUGGACAAAAGGGAUUCAAUGCCGCUAAGACCAAGGAUCUUCAAUUGGAGAAUGGUCACAAAACUGGUACCUUCAAGAGCAGUGGUAACUUUACUUUUGCACGUAUCUUUGGUGCUGGACACAUGGUUCCAAUGGAUCAGCCAGAAGCUUCAUUAGAUUUCCUUAACAAAUGGUUGAAUGAUUACACUCUAUAGAUAUGAGAUAUCAUAGAUUAGAAUAUGCAUGGAUGAGAAUGAGGGAUGAGGCAAAUUGUAUUUAUUACGAUGAGGAUCGGAUUGGGAUGAAUGGAUGGGAUAGGACUUUUCAUUUGGAUUGUAUUACAGUAAACAGGGAGCGGAUAACAUGGAUAGAUUAAUCUGAUCAAUAUUUAUAUGAAUUGAUAAUUGAAGUGGUAUGAU